CCCUCCUCCACCCAAAAAAAGAUCUGUGCGCAUCUUUUGUCUGAGAGGUCUGGGCCCUAAACGCAAGCGAGUCCAAGAUGGCGGCAGCCUUCAACCCACAGGCUUUGAAGCACAAAGUGCCAGCAGGACAGUCUAAAGAUGAGUGGACUGUACGUGAAAAGCUAACUCUCGCUUCCUCUGUACUUCGAAGUGGGGACCAAAACUGGGUAUCAGUUAGCCGUGCCAUAAAGCCUGUUUCAGAGGCAGGAUGUUGUACAGUGAAAAGACCACCAGAUUUCUUUUCUCAAAAGAACUGUGCCAUUCACUACUCUGAGAUGUUGGAAAAAGUCUCAACACCAAAGAGAAAAAGAACUAAUGAGACAGGAGGUGCAGAAACACCUGGCGAGCAGAUUGUUAGAAAGUUAACAUUUGAGAGAAUCGAAGAACUGAAAAAGAGCAUCAAGAAUGAUCAUCUGACCUACAGAAAACUGAAAAUGAGAAUAGAUGAUAUAAGAAAUGGAAAGCUAGAUGCUCAGUUACCUGCAGUCUGGGAAGAAAUACAGGCGAGGAAGCGUCAUGCUGAAGAGAUGCAGAGCCAGGCAGCUGCACUUGGUCUGUUAUCAGGAGGUGAUCCAUCACUGCACCCAUCCCACCCACUAUCGCACCCUGCACCAAUGUCUGCACCUGUGUCUAUUGGUCUAAAGCAAGGUAAUCUUGCAACCCCAUCUCCACAGAAAGGCAAACAGUUGCGAAUACCUAAACCAACUCCAAAGUUUCAGAAAUAUCAGGAACAGCUACAACAGCGGCAUGGCCAAGGUGGACAGCACCUCCCCCCCUCUGGACACGCCCUUGAUCCAAGUGGGAUAGGGGAUUAUGGGAGGGGAAGUGACCUUCCUGGAAUAUCCUAUGGGUCCGAAACACUGAAAUCAGAACCAAUGGAUAUAGAUCCAGGUGCUGCUGUCCAGACAGUCAGCAUUGGUAAUGUACCAGGCACUCCUGCCAGCAUGGUGCAGACAAGUCAGAUGGGUGAAGCUCCCACCACGCCUGGGAGGGCAGGGGGUAGAAGGUCCUCUUCCAUUAGCAGUCAGGGUCAAUCGGAAUCCUCUCUGUUUUCCCUGCUUGCACAACCACCAAAAGACAAGGCUGAAAUGGACCAUCAGACCCAGAAAGACUCACAGGACUCUACCAUGGCCUCAGCAGAGGGACAACUCCCCACCAAGACGCAGGCCAGCCCAAGCCAGGAAAACUCACAAACUAUGGACGGGAAGUCUUUUUUAGGGGUUACUUCUCCUAUGGAAGCCAAAAAGCUGGAUUCCAUAAGAGAUAGAAUCAUUCCAGCUUCCAGCGAAACAGUAGACACUCCCUCUAUUAGUGCUCCAACGUUGUCUAAACUUCUGUCAUCCAAUACACAAAUGCAUACAUCUGCUACCACAACCGACAAGUCUGGUACUGUUAUGGAAGCAAGUGUCAAACUAGAGAACAACAUUGCAGUGACUGGAAGAGCCAUCUCAGUUGGCGGCUCUGGUCAUGAUAGUGGAGGUGUUGUCUCCAUUUCUGUUAACCCCAAGGUAGCCUUGGUGUCUAAUCUCCCAACUCCCAUCGCCAUUACUCCCCCACCCACCACGCCUCCUGCAGAGAAAAAGACAGUGGAGGUUAUACCUGACCCAUUAGCCAAAAGAGUAGAAAGUAUAGCCACUGAAGAGACUUCUAAAAAGGAUUCUGAGUCAAGUUCAGACCUACAGACAGAUAUCCCUGAGAUCAAGGUUGAUGUUGAUGACACUCCUCAGCCAUCACCCAGGGUGUUUGGUAGAUCAAGAGCACCAAAACCUGGGCGGCCAGGUCGACCACCACGGGUUGGAAGAAGAAGUCAGCGACACAGAUCAAAAUCCCUCAACUCCACUGAUAAUGAAAAUGAGGCUGAUGAAGAAAAAGAAGAGGACACAAAGUCAGAAUCCAUAGAGGCAGAAUCAGAGAAGACCAGCGAGAAAGAUGAGGAAGAUAUUGAGUCCACAAUCAGCGAGAAGAAAGACAGUGAUGACGAAGAGGAACAAGAAAGUGCUGACGAUGGGUACUCUGAAUCUGGUCUUAAGGAUGAAUCCUUCCUGGACAGGGCUAGUACCGUUGGAUCUGAGUCUGUGCCUGCUAGUCCUGCCUCACAGAUCUCACAGGGGGAUGACAUGGAGUCCGCCCAGGCUCAGAAAACAUGGCGCAAGUCCAUCAUGCUUGUAUGGAGAGCUGCCGCAAAUCACAAGUAUGCUAACGUUUUUCUGCAUCCCGUCACGGACGAUGAGGCACCAGGGUACCACACUGUUGUAUUUAGACCAAUGGAUCUAUCAACAAUUAAGAAAAACAUUGAGAAUGGGAGCAUCCGUACCACGAGUGAGUUCCAGAGAGACAUGAUGCUGAUGUUCCAGAAUGCCCUGAUGUACAAUAGCAGUGACCACGAUGUUUUCCGGAUGGCAGAAGAAAUGCGUGAUGAUGUUAUGGACCAGAUACAGGUUUGUAAAGUUAUGGACCAGAUACAGUCCUACAUUGCCACCCAGCUUAUGGUGCAGUCAUCAGACCGAGACUCCAAAAUGCUGAGAGGUCACAGGAGUGAUGUUUUUCACUUUUUCCUGUGAAACUGCUUCCCUUGUCUUCCUUAUGGAGAGUUCCAAGGGGACCAAAUCAUACGUCAGUACAAGGCCCAAGAGGGUUUGAUGUCAGCAACUUUUGGUUCCUGGUGUCAAAGAAAACACCAAGCAUCAAGCAGCAGACAGUACUAUCAGUGUAGAUGAUACAUAUGCAAACAACGGAAACAGUGAGGGGGGCAUCAGUAAAGCCCCGUGCAAACUGCGCCAGCACCUGCCAGCAAAUUUUCGCUUGACUGACUAUAAGACAAAGGAAAGGUCAAAAUGGGAAAUGGACUUUCUGACAUUUCCUUUGUCUUGUGGUCAGUUGAGCAAGAAUUUGCCAACAAUGCUGGCCGGUGCUGGCGCAGUUUGCACAGGGCUUAACAGUAUGGAGCCAGAAGCAGUGACAUUUUUUGUGUUUCUAUUAGAAUGCACUGAAAUAAUAGUCCAUUGUAAAGAUUGUAUUUUCAUGGUGACUUUGAUGUUUUUUUUUUUAAUACAUAUUCCUAGAAGGGGGUUUUCCCCUUCUUUUGACUAUAGCCAACAGCUUCGUAAGUCUGAUGGAAACCAUGAGCAUUCUAGCAAUACAUUAUGAUACAUAUUGCUUGUAGCUGUUUAGCAUGCUAAUCGGUUCUCAUUGGGUUUUCAAACAUUGGGAACUGAGCUGAGCACUGAGUUGGCUUGCAUGUUGAAUUAUCUCCAGGUACAUUCAUGUCAUUUUUAAAAAAACAUGUCAUUCCCUCAAAAACCCAUAUAAAAGUCGACUCAGAGAAGUAACAUAGGAGCAAUGUCUGGUAUGCAGCAAAUGCAUUUAUCUACACAAUUCUCAGACAGCUGUUCAAAUUCAACUGGCUCGUAUUUAUAAAUAUAAAGGUUUUCACCUUAUUAUUUUAAAAGUUUUACCCUCUGAGAAGGGGGAUCUCCAUAAAGGGGAUGAUUGUCCUAUCUUUUAGGGUAUCAAAUAAAACCAACUGCUACCCCUUA